AUGCCGUCACAAGACGCGAACCCGAACGUGCGCAUGUUGCAGGCGCAGACGUUGUCGGUCACGACGAAAGACAAGAGCCAAGCGCUGGAGCGGAGGCGGCAAGUAGCGUAUCGCACGUACCUCAGCACAACGGCGUUCGUGGACCCGAAGCACGCGAAGGACGGCGGUGUGAGUAUGAGGGACAUUGAUCGCAGUAUCCUCUGGAUGGACUCCGGCGUGCAAGGCCCGGACGGCAAGAUGGUGCAAUACUACGACUCGAUUGCCGGGGUCCGCACUUACCACGAGCCGUCGUGUCAAUCGGUCGCCACGUCGACGUACUUGAUUGGCGAACCGAGCGGCGGAGCCUGUUGA